UAAUUCUAGAUUGUGUUUCAGUAUAUAGUUAAACCACCUGAGUAAUCAUAACUUUUUGAAACGGGUGCGUGAGGGGAGAUAUAAUUAGUUUUGGAUAUGUAACGAUACUUCCGGUGCUAAUGGAAUCGCCCUAUAUCAGUUGGAUAGUGAAAUAAUAGUGUAACCAUUGUGCGCGGCGAAAAAAAAAAAAACGAUGAAGAAAGAAGAAUAUUUUUAACUAAAAUUAAUAUUCAUAGUGAACAGUGCAAUAACUUCAAUAUUUUAAUGUAAAAAAAAAAAUGUGAGUAACGAUAUCAACAAGAAAAAAAUGAUUUUCUAACAGUAUUUUAUUUCAACAAUCAAUGAAGAAAGAAGAAAUUAAGUGCCAUGAUGAUAAAUUUUCAAGUGUUGAUUUAAAUCAUUGCCAACACGUGUACAGCACACGUCGUUAUUUACUGGAAUUUUUCGGCACACGUUUUGACACGUGUCGAUUAAAAUCGCAUUUAACAGAACGUGCUUAAAUGCCAUUUGAAUUCUUCUACAAAAAACGAUUACAAAUGUCUAUACACUAAACAUAAAGCAAUAAAAAAAAAUCUUGGAACAAAUUUUUGUUGAAUACAAAAAAAAAAAAAAAAUGUGACAAGUGUGCAAAAAUUACAUUCAAUUUUAUCUAGUCAGAAAAUCUAGUCAUGUAUAGAAUAAUAUAUUUAUCUAGUCAAAAUAUUAAUUAAAAAUAAUAUAACAAUAUGCUAAGUCAUAUUUUGUGGCGAAUGUCUUUAUUUACGUUAAAAAUUUUUUUUUUUAAAUGAAAUAAUCGACAAUUAAUUUGAAUAAUGAAAAUGUAUUCGGUGGAUAAUUUGGAAUUGGAUAUGAUAAAUCGACAAUAUUUUUAUGAAGCCCAUAGUUUUUUGGGAAAUACAGGAAUUCCAGGAUUAUCACAACAUUAUAAUGCUAAUAAUAUGACAACUCUUCCUACAAUAUCGGCGCAAAUAUCAUCCUAUCCAUCAGGAAGUACAGGAAGUUCAAGUGGUAGCGAUCUUUAUUUCUAUGAUGAAAACAGUAGUGAUAAUGAAAGUGUUUACAGCAGUGAUCAAGAAAAUCGAUCAAGAGAACAAACACGUCUUAUUCGACGAAAUUCUGGUUCUGCAAAAUGUUCUCGACAAAUUAUUCAACAAAGACAAGCCGCUAACCUGAGAGAAAGGAGACGCAUGCAAAGCAUAAAUGAUGCUUUUGAAGGAUUACGGGCCCACAUACCCACAUUACCAUAUGAAAAAAGACUUUCCAAAGUGGACACAUUAAAACUUGCAAUUGGAUAUAUUAAUUUUUUAAACGAACUUGUUAGAGCAGACAAAGGAAAUGAACAGAUAAAUGGCAAUAAUAGUCUAUCAGGACGAUGUUCAAUAAGAGACGAUGCUAAAAAAAUUAUAAUUCGAGGUAGUGGUGUCAACUCUUUUAUUUCUCACUCACUUUCUUGGUCUCGUAAAUCGGAAACUUCUUCCAAUGGGACUAUGUUUGCUAAAGUAUGGACGCCAGAAGACCCAAGAAUGACAAAAUAUGAUGUAAAUUACGAGUAACAAAAUGUGAUCAAUAAUAAAGAUAAUAAAAUAAAUUUUUAAUUAUGCCACCAAAA